AUUGGUUUCUCUCCUUACUCUAACACACAUAUCAGAAGAUUCUCUCCGGCAGUAUGAUGAGGCAAAGGAUUGUUCUGAAAAUUGAUAUGAGCGAGAAUGAGAAAGCAAUAAAGAAAGCUAUGAAACUCGCGUCAGGAACAUCAGGUGUGAGAUCUGUAACGAUUCACGGACAGAACGAUCAGUUGGUUGUUGUGGGAGCGGGAAUUGACACCGCCGAGCUAACACGUCUGCUCCGGAAGAAAGUUUGUCCCACCACGUCCAUCGUCACCGUUCAGGCCGCACCGCCUCCGCCGCCCCAGCAGCAGCAGCAGCCACCGCAGUUUCAUCUAAUGGAACAUCACAACGAGAUGGCUCCGGCGAGAAGAUGCAUAUGCGAGAUACCGAAUUCGGGUUUCUGCGGGUUUUGUAGACUACCCUCUUACCAGAUGGUAGCUCUGCCAUAUCCAGCUCCCCUGGUCUACCGUGAAGAAUCUGAUGGUUGCAGAAUCAUGUGA